AUGAAAAUCCAUUAUAUUAAUAUAUUAUUGUUUGCGCUUCCAUUAAAUAUAUUGGUGCAUAAUCAAAGGAACCAUAAGAAAACUAUACUUCAUACACCCAAAACUAAAUCAACAAGAACACAUAGAUCAUUAUGCGAAUGUGAAUUGUAUGCACCUGUCAACUAUUAUAGUGACCCACAAAUGAAAGAAGUGAUGGAUAAUUUCAAUAAACAGACACAACAAAGAUUUCAUGAAUAUGACGAAAGGAUGAAAACUACACGCCAAAAAUGUAAAGAUCGAUGUGACAAAGACAUUCAAAAAAUUAUUUUAAAAGAUAAAAUUGAAAAAGAAUUAGCCGAAACGUUUUCUUCGUUACACACGGAUAUACAAAGUGAUGCCAUUCCAACAUGUAUUUGCGAAAAGUCGUUAGCAGAUAAAGUGGAAAAAGGUUGUUUGAGAUGUGCACAAAAUUUGGGAGGGCUUGUUCCGGGAAUGGGUUUGAUAGGUGGAACUGCUGUAUACGCUGCAGCAGUAAAGGCUGCUACGAAAGCUGGUAUGAAAGAGGCUCUUGAGGGUUUAAAAAGUAUUGGUGGUCUUAAGUUGUUACUUCAGGACAAAUUUACAGAAUUGGUCACUACAAGAAAUUUCCAAUGUCCAAAUGCUCUAGUUGGUGCAGUUCAAAAUGUGAUAAAUACACAAUGUGUAGGGCCUGCUGCUAAAAAUCAACUUUUAUGUAACGGUUAUGAAGCUCAAAACGAUUCUAGAAUAAUACAAAAAGCGGUAGACGCUGGAAGGGACGGUGCAGAUGUAUAUAUUAGAACGUUUUCUGAUUCUACAACAAUAACAACAUUCUUAACUGAUCCUAUUGUAAUUUCAGCUAUAGUAGUCAUUUCUAUAGUUGUUAUACUUUUAAUUAUUUAUUUGAUAUUACGUUAUCGAAGGAAAAUCAAAAUGAACAAAAAAUUACAAUACAUAAAACUAUUAAAAGAAUAG